CAAUGCAGCAGGUCCUGAGAAUUGCGAUGCUGAAAUUGGGGACUGUUUGAUACUUGUGCUUAAAUGAUGAAAGAUAAAUUAGAGGUGUCAAUACAGUUUUGAUUUAAAUAAUGAAAUCUGUUUAUUUUCUAGAUAUUAAAGAAUUUCAGGCAUGCCAUCCUAUUACUACAUACACACACUAUCAAGACCUAAUCAACCGCAUCGCAGCUGGAGAAGAGAAGCUCAUCAUUGCAGAGAAGCCAUUAAUUCUGGCCAUGACCUCCGGGACAUCAGGAUCCAGUGCCAUGCUGCUCAGCACUAAGGACACCAACACUGAGUUCUUCCUGCAGGGAGUGACUGUGUGCUUAGAUGCCAUGCAGCAGGCAUUCCCUGAGACCAAGAGCCUUCAACGCACCACCAAGUUCUUUUACACUCCUACUUUUCGGCAGUCUGAGGCUGGAAUUCCCAUCGGACCAAACUCCUCGACACCAGCCUCCUCACGCCACAUCCUAAACCUGUACACGACUCCAGCACCUGCCUUCAAGGUUCCCAGUGAGAAGGACACACUCUAUUUGCAUCUUCUUUUUGCGCUGAAAGAUCCUAAUGUGGGAACUCUGGAGUCCAACUUCGCCUCCACAGUUUUCUAUGCCUUCAGUGCCCUACAGGAGCGUUGGCAGGAACUUGUGGAGGACAUUGAACGGGGGAAAAUCAGCACUGCUCUGUCUCCGGAGCCCAAAGUGAGGGCCAAGCUUGAAGCGCUAAUGAAGCCAGACCCACAGAGAGCUGCCCAGCUCCGGGCCCACUUCCAGGACGGCUUCAGGGGGAUUGCCAAGCGCCUGUGGCCUCAUCUGAACCUGGUCCUGGCAGUGGACUCAGGCUCUAAUCAGAUCUACGGUGAAAUGUUGAGGGAGAGUUACUGCAAAGGAGUGCCUUUCUACUCGCCCUUCUAUGCUGCUACUGAAGGUUUAAUUGGGGUGAACCUAUGGCCUCAGGAGUCAGAAAGACGUUACUUGCUGUGCCCUCGCUCAAUGUUCUGCGAGUUCCUCCCAGAGAGCAGCUUAGAUGAGGAGGCCCCUCACACUCUGCUGAUGGAGGAGGUGAAGGAGGGAGAAAACUAUGAGCUGCUUGUCACAAAUGCUUCAGGACUUUACAGAUAUCGCAUCGGAGACAUUGUAAAAGUUGUUGGAUUUCACAACCAGUGUCCCAUCGUAGAGUUUCAGUACAGACGAGGUCAAAUGCUGAAUGUUCGAGGAGAGAAAGUGUCAGAAGCGUUGUUCCUCAGUGCUUUGAAGAAGGCCGUCGCUCAGUGGCCAGGAGCUCAGCUGGUUGACUACUGCUGUGCUGAGAGCGGCAUCCUGGGAGAUACAAUUGGUGGCUCGGACCCUCACUACCAGGUAUUCUUAGAGCUGAAAGGUGUGAGGAGGCUUACAGAGGAACAACGACAUAAGCUGGACAUUUCUCUCCAGCAGGAUUCGGCCGUCUACAAAUCCUUCCGUAUCAAAGGCAGCAUCGGGCCAAUGAGAGUGCAGCUGGUGGCAGAGGGAGCGUUUAACAAACUUAGUAAGCAGAUGAUGGCGUACUCGAGCACCUCACCCAAUACGUUCAAAAUGCAGCGGGUGCUGCGCAGGAAAGAAUAUGCUGAAUUCCUUCUGGGCAAAACGAUUUCCUGAGGUCACUUACAGACUCAUGAUAUUGGAUGUUUUUUUCCCGGUUUAGUUUAUUUAUGACUGACUUAAUGAAGUGUGCCUGUGGGAGAUGUUAACCACGAUGCAUUAACUCUGAUUUUUAAACAAUAAAAAUGCACUUUUCACUGUUUUUAUUUUCUCAACUAUAUCUCUGAACUAGUGCCAAAAUAUCCCAGAAGUCUCAUCUGUACAAAACCCCCAAUUUAGAAGUUUCCCGAAUUUUUCCAGUGGGAAUUUUCUGGUGACACAAGCACCAAAAAAGCUGUAUUUAAAUGUAAGCUUCAGUUGCCAUUCCUCAAUAAAUUUCACUUCACUUUU